UCACUCAAUUGUAUGUGAUAUAAGGUCUAAAUACAUACAUAAAUUCAAUCAAGUCAAGUGACCCAAACCUAAACAUUCCUUGGCUGGCCACGAACCAUCUGCAUGCUAAACAGAAGCGGGAGUAGUUAUUUUUAAAAGUUUUUGGUCUUCGUUUGUGAAACACCAUCAGUGACUGGCCCUGAUAGCCGGGAAAGCUAAUCGACGAGCAACGCUUCUUUAAAUAAAAUAUAAAUAACAUAAUAUCGUCGUGUUAACGAUGCACUUGAUGUUUAUAUGUACAUUGAGUGGAUUUACUGAAUGAAAUUGAUUGUUUAUUAAUCAUUUUAAAUGUGGAAAAUUUGUUAAACGAAGUGAAAUUAAAUAUAUUUAAGUUAAUUAAUAGGAUUACCGUUUUGCAAGAAAGUUUCCUCCUAUGAAAAUUAAAAUACUGGACGUCUGGCAUGUCAGCAACAUCAGACCAAGGAAAGUGCGGUUUGAGUUCACUGUUUCCUAUGUCGUGUAGGGAUCGAGCGGAAGCAUUCGCCAGGCAUCUUCACUCCCGUCUGCGAUCUUUAGGGACCGAAGAUGUACACAGCGCCACAAACGAAGCCACGUGGCUGACCGCACACGAAAACGCAGUGGCCAUCGCCCAACCGCGACAUGUGACUGAAAACAACCUCUAUCUGAAUUUGGAACUUCUGGAGUCCCCCGGAAGUCCAGAAGAAGAAAUAUCGCACAAGGAACUAACCAAAUUCUUCACCAACAGUCGGGACAAUUUGGGAUAUUCGGCACUCGGCAAAAAGAAGAUCACAAAUGGCGAUAUAACGAAAUUGGAAACGGGAAUAAAUAAUCUAUCCCAGGAUAGUGACGAUUUGCCUUACUUUGAUACUGAAGAUAAACCAAACGAAAGAAAUAGUUGUGUAGCUAAUGGACACUGUGAUUCUUUACCAAAGGAGGAAGAAGAUUCUCAACAAGAAGGCCCAUCAUUAGAACACCUUAAUUGCACGGGCGAAGAAAAUAACAUUUCGAAAAUAGAAAAUGAUGAGGCACAAGUGCUAUCGACUAGUGACGACAGUUUUGACAUUUCGAGCACGAGUCUUAAGGCCGAAGAAGAAAUGAGUCCGAAAGAUGACGACGAAAGUCUUUUCUUAGAAUCAUCUACCUGUACUGAAGAUUUCAAAAGUCCCUCUGAAGAAGUAUCAGAACAUUUCGAAUUUAACGUUCCGUGCCAACAAAAAAACCAAUUACACGAAUCAAACAGUUUAGUAGUAGUACGAGUUGAACCCACGAAUGUGAUAGACAGUAAGUGCCAUGAACCUAGAAAUGUAGAUAAAGAUGCAGAAAAAUUAUCGACAAGUAUUACCGAAAGGCGAGAUAUGCCUCUCUUGUCGAUAGCCGCUAACGGAAACAAUAGUGAGACAUUGCCUUCUUCCUCUGCUUCUGAACUAGUUUGUCUUUGCAAGAAAACAGACGUAACAAUAAGUUUGUCCGAGAAUGACAACAAGAAUAAAUGCCAACAAGUUGUAUCUGAAGAGAUUGAAAACAAAGCCUGCUCAAAUGAUAACCCCGAUUCAACAAAGUACAGUAGUUUUUUAACCAUAGAUAAAGGUUUAUCGCUUGAAUGUUCAAUAAAUGCUUUAAGCGAUACAACUGAUGGCUCGUCACCACAAACAACACACGAAGUGCAAGCCCUCUUGCAUGAUAUUGCAACUACGCCAUCGACCGAAGAAGAUAGCGAAGAAAAAGAUGUCAGAAUACCAAGGGUUCGAAGAUGCUCGUCGUUAAAAACUGGGAAAACUCCGCCUGGGACGCCGGGCAGAAAGAAAAUAGUCCGGUUCGCGGACGUUUUGGGCUUAGACCUGGCAGAUGUACGAACGUUUUUGGAUGAAAUACCGAAAAUUCCGGUUUCUGCGUACGAAGACCUAAAAGACGCUGAGUUCAAUUCGGUUCCACAAUCCGUAAUACAGUCCACAUUAGGAUACACAGUGGCGUCGGUCGCUCAACCCGAUAGAAUUCUGAUGUCGCUGUUUCAACAACCAGGUGGUCAACCUGACUUUUUGGACAGGGUCAGGGAUAAAAUCGUAUGCCUCGAAAAUGCCAUGGUCAAAGACCCUAUUGACCUGUCGAUUGCCGGAACUGUGCGUGUAAGAAAUCUCGAUUUUAAUAAGUCAGUUCACAUCAGAUACACUUUAGACGGUUGGAAAACCUUCGCUGACUUGCAGGCCACUUAUGUUCCUAAUUCUUGUGAUGGAUUCUCAGAUAAAUUUACGUUUCUCAUAUAUGCUCACACGUUAGCGGUCGGACAACGCUUGGAGUUCGCCAUCAGGUUUCAUUGUAAAGGGUUUCAGUAUUGGGAUAACAAUAAUGGAGUCAAUUAUAUUUUCCAAUGCCUUCCCGGCAACAACGUUUCGUUUACGCCGGAACUUUCGACGGAAGAAACGUGGGGUUCAAGUUUUUACUAGGCAGUGGACUUUAUUGACGUAACCAAACGACGAAAUGGUAGGAAGGUUGUGCAUUAGUGUCAGCUAUGUCGAUGUUGCCGCCAACUAUGAUAAAUUAUGUUAUUCUUAGUGGGGAUAUUAAAACCAUGACCAAAGAGGGCGCUGAAUUGAGAAUGAGUCAUACAGACGUCCAGGAUUAUAUAACCAGGUCGUUGGAGCAAAGAAGGAAGAAGGACGUAUGCAGCAAGACCGACGCAAUCGCGGUGGCCGUUAUCGUAACUAUUUCUGUCCUGUUUUUAUAUAUUUAUCGAUAGCAAUACGUUAUAAAUAAGAAGUAUAUUAUUAUAUUUUAUCUAAUUGUUAGUAUUAAAAUGAAGAAAAUAAAAAAACAAAAAGAAAGUGUUAUAGACU